CCGGAAUCGUGGGGAAACUCAACUUGUGCUGUGAACAAUUCCUCUCCCCCUACCACACAGAUAAAUAAUAUAGAUUCUCACGGUAUACAAGCUGUAGACGGGGAGCUAGGGGCUGUUGACCUAAAGCGAGCUGACAUCAUUGGAGUUUGUAAUGCAGGCUUGAGGAUGGCUUAAGUUUUAGUCUGGAGUUUAUUCUUUGGCAGGGAGACUUGACAUGCCUGUGGAGGAUGGGUUUUGAGUUUAUGGUACAGGUUAGUGGCAGGGAAUACAUUUAUAUUUUUGUUUCAAUAUUAUACCCUGGUGUUUUAACUGGUUUGUCUUUUUAUGUUUAAAAAAAUGCCUCUUUUAGUUCCAUCAGAAAACACCACCCAGUAUGUCAUGGCUGUACAGCCCUUUAUAUUUCCUGACCCUAAUAGUAAGGCUUAACACACAUUGUCUGAAAAGUGCUUUGGGUUGUUCUGCCCAGUUGAUUUAAUCACUGAAAAGGUUGUAACAUGGCUUGUUUCUGCUGAACUGGUGUCCUAAACGCACAAAAAUUGCCCGCAAUUAGCAACAAGCUUUCUAAGCGUUUGCACCAGCUGUUCAAAACAAAAUAUGGGGGACCCAAACUCUCGCAAGAAGCAGGCUCUUAACAGACUGCGCUCUCAGCUACGGAAGAAGAAAGAGUCUUUAGCUGACCAGUUUGAAUUCAAGAUGUACAUCGCCUUUGUGUUCAAGGACAAGAAAAAGAAGUCAGCUUUAUUUGAGGUGGCUGACGUGAUUCCAGUUAUGACCAAUAACUAUGAAGAGAAUAUUCUGAAAGGUGUGCGAGAUUCCAGCUAUUCCCUGGAAAGUUCCCUUGAGCUUCUACAGAAGGAUAUAGUACAGCUUCAUGCACCUCGCUACCAGUCCAUGCGCAGGGAUGUUAUUGGAUGCACUCAAGAGAUGGACUUUAUUCUUUGGCCAAGGAACGACAUCGAGAAGAUUGUCUGUCUUCUUUUUUCAAGAUGGAAGGGAUCUGAAGAGCCCUACAGGCCAGUUCAGGCCAAGUUUGAAUUUCAUCAUGGCGAUUAUGAAAAACAUCUUCUGCACAUUCUGAGCCGGAAAGACAAGACUGGUAUUGUUUUAAACAAUCCUAGCCAGUCAGUGUUUCUAUUUAUUGAUAGACAACAUUUGCAGACUCCUAAAAGCAAAGCCACAAUCUUCAAGUUAUGCAGCAUCUGUCUCUAUCUGCCACAGGAACAACUCACUCAUUGGGUGGUUGGCACUAUUGAGGAUCACCUUCGCCCUUACAUGCCAGAAUAAAGUUUUGACCAGCCAAACUGGGAAGAUCAGUUAUUAGCAGCAAUUUAUUUUCUUCUAAAUUACAGAAGAACAUGGACUCAUGCUCAGAACACUUGUAUGUUGUGAAUCUUCAUGCUGGAUAUUUUUUCCUCAUUUUGUGUCAGAACUUUUUUUUUUUUUUUUUUUUUUUUUUGCUUUUUACUUUGUUGUGUGUGGACCUUGUGAAAAGAGAGGAUGUUUAAUACAUCUUUGUUAUAGAUUCUCAAAAUGUGAAUUGAUGGGACUGUGGCACACUGAAUCAAAUGUAUCUGAAAUGACAAGGUAUUUUGUUUAGUGGUCUUCCCAUUUGCACUGGUCAUUCCCCUAACAUCAUUUAGAUGACAGUAUUGAGGGUGAAAAAAAAUGAAUGUAAGUUGUAUAAAUAGCUUUGCUGCUUCACUGUAUUAUGAAAGCACUAUCUGAAUCUCUUAAAGCAUACCCUAUGUUGGCUUACAAUGAAGACUGGCUCAGAUGUAUUGAAAAAGAAACUUUAUUCAGCAUUUGCUUUCAUAUCGUAGUUCAGCUUGCAGGGCAGUGAACGAGUAAUGGCACUUUUACACUUUGGUAUAUUCUCCCAGUUGCUGCAUAACAGAGUUCCCCUACCUGUGGGUACUGACAUAAGUCUAGGAGUCUGCAGUAACUAUAUGAAAACGACUUAAAAUUCGUUGACACCUCAGAAACCAUGUUUCUGAAGAUAGGAACUGAAAUAGAAACCUGCUGGUGAUUUGUGCAAAUAUUACUUUUUCAUAAAAUGAAGUAAUAUUUCUAUAGAAAAAAGAAAAACCCUUGGUGGUUUCAAUAAAGUAAUGUCAGAACACCGUUACAAAUUGUAAAAGAAGUUUGAAGUGUGAAAUUUGGUUCAAAGAAUCAUUUUAUUUUGUGCAAUGAUAAGGUUGACUACUGUAUUGUUUAAGAGAAGGCUUUUCUAAAAGGUUUCAGUACCUUUUAUGAAUCAACUUGUAUAGGCCUAUUCCCUUUGGCUAAUACUAGUGCUUACCUGGUUUAAAAUUGUAUCUAGCUUUUGUUUGAAAUUGGAUUACAUUGGAAAUUAAAAUAAAUGAGUUGAAAUCUGA